CCCUCGCACCCUUCCCCUCCCCUUCCCCUUCCCUUUCCUCUGCACUGAGUGAAUGGAAGAGUCUCCAGGGUCUUCUUCUGCUUCUAGCCCCGGAGUGGAGAAGUGAGAGGACAUCUCUAUCCUAAGCCAUCUCUAUCUCUCUCCAUCCAUUCCCGAGAGGAUUUCAGGCGGUGCAAUGUGUUUGCAGCCUCUUGCCGCCGCUGCCACUUGACACUAUGCUGCACGCAGGGAGAGGGUUUUGCAAAAAUGGAUUUGUUCGAUUUUAAAGGAUUUCUUCUCUAAUAAGGAUCGGGUUGCACACGAAUAUGACUAAAUCCCCUAUUUGGUAAAUCUGUCUUCCCCCCACCCCUUCUCUUUGGGUUCCCUCCCGCCCGCCCCCACCCCUUCAGAGGAGCAAGCACAGGGAGCUGAUGACGGACCCAUUAAUCCCUUCUUCAAUGCAUCAAAAGAAGCCGAAGGGCUGGAAGUGGCUGGGCUCGGAGUCCUGCAGGAAACGCUUCGACCUGCUUUUGGUUUUGUAUGAAACUGGUGACUAGGGGCUCGGCUCGCCCCGCCGCCGCCCGCCGGCACCUGGAUGCGCGGGUCGCCGCCGCCGUUCCCGCCGCGAUGCAGCGCUUCUGGUGGUGCUGAUGGCAGCUCGGGUGUGAUGGGGUUGAGCCGGCGGUGAUUAUUUGAAGGGAGAGCGAGCGACAGGAAGGGCUGCUCCGCUCUGCUGUGCGUGUGGGCUUCGGGAUUUAUUUUUUCUUCUUCUUUUCCUACUUCCAUCCUCUCCCCGCCACUGGAAGUCCUCCCGUAUCUAAAUGGAAUUAGUGGAGACCGAAGCCCCUUGUGUAAGGCACAGACAUGACCCAUGGGCGCAGCUUCUUUCACAUUGUAGCAAGUAUAAUCAUCCUACAUUUGUCUGGGGCAACCAAAAAAGGAACAGAAAAGCAAGCUACUGCCGAAGGACAGAAACCAGUGCAGUGUGGAACCUGGACAAAGUAUGCAGAAGGAGGCAUCUUCACAUCUCCCAAUUACCCCAACAAGUAUCCUCCUGACAGAGAGUGUGUCUACAUCAUAGAAGCUGCCCCUAGACAAUGCAUCGAACUCCACUUUGAUGAGAAAUAUUCCAUAGAGCCUUCUUGGGAAUGUAAAUUUGACCACAUCGAAGUCCGAGAUGGACCUUUUGGCUUUUCCCCAAUCCUGGGACGUUUCUGUGGACAGCAAAAUCCACCUAAGAUAAAAUCCAGUGGAAGAUUCCUAUGGAUUAAAUUUUUUGCCGACGGCGAGCUGGAAUCUAUUGGGUUUUCUGCUCGAUACAAUUUUACACCUGAUCCAGAUUUUAAGGACCUUGGUGCUUUGAAGCCCUUGCCAGUUUGUGAGUUUGAGAUGGGAGGACCUGAAGGAAUUGUGGAAUCUGUACAAAUUGUCAAAGAAGGCAAAGCUUCUGAAACUGAAGCAGUAGACUGUAAAUGGUACAUCCGAGCACCACCCCGGUCCAAGAUCUAUUUGCGAUUCCUGGACUAUGAGAUGCAGAAUUCCAAUGAGUGCAAGAGGAAUUUUGUAGCUGUCUAUGACGGGAGCAGCUCGGUGGAGGAUCUGAAAGCCAAGUUCUGCAGCACCGUUGCCAACGACGUGAUGCUAAGGACAGGGCUGGGAGUCAUCCGCAUGUGGGCAGAUGAAGGCAGCCGGAACAGCCGCUUCCAGAUGCUCUUCACAUCCUUCCAAGAACCUCCCUGUGAAGCCAACACAUUCUUUUGCCACAGUAAUAUGUGUAUCAAUAACACCUUGGUCUGUAAUGGACUCCAGAACUGUGUGUAUCCCUGGGAUGAAAACCACUGCAAAGAAAAAAGAAAUGCCAACCUAUUGGACCAACUUACCAACACCAGUGGGACUAUAAUUGGGGUGACUUCUUGCAUCGUGAUCAUCCUCAUUGUGAUCUCAGUUAUAGUGCAGAUCAAGCAGCCUCGGAAAAAAUUUGUCCAAAGGAAAACAGACUUUGAUCAAACAGUGUUCCAGGAGGUGUUUGAGCCUCCUCACUAUGAGUUAUGCACCCUCAGAGGGACAGGCCAUACAGCUGACCUGGCUGACGUGGCAGAUGACUUUGAGAACUACCAUAAACUGCGGAGAUCAUCUUCCAAAUGCAUUCAUGACCAUCACUGUGGAUCACAAGUGUCUAGCAUUAAGGGCAGCCGGAGUAACCUCAGCACAAGAGAUGCUUCUGUCUUGACAGAAAUCCAGCCCCAGCCCGUCAAACCACUCAUCCAGCCUGUCAACAGGAGGAACAUCCUUGUCAUGAAGCAUAGCUACUCCCAGGACGCUGCAGAUGCAUGCGAGAUCGACGAGAUCGAAGAGGUCCCAACCACGAGCCACAGGCUGGCCAGACAUGACAAAGCUGUUCAGCGGUUCUGCCUCAUUGGGUCUCUAAGCAAACAUGAGUCUGAGUACAACACCACUAGGGUCUAGGAGACAAAGUGGAGCCUGCUUGGGAAUAGAGCUCUCCUGGGUGACUUUGGAUGUGCUCCAAUGAAAUGUGAAACUGGCAUCCUUGGAAACACCAGCUAAGAGGUUUUAUGGACUCUCUGACCACCUGUUCUCAUAUCAGGAGAGGAAAAAAAAAAAAGUGUUGAGUACAAUUCCUAGAAGGCAAUAAGACUUUGGUUAUUUCACUUAUUGGGCAUUUCUCUUCUUUGUCUGCUUUUUCUCUUUCUUUUUUUGUUCUUCUCUCUCUCCCUA